CUGGCCACUGAAUUUGAGGCCGACGAUGACCCGCCAGAGGAAAAUAUCGUUAAACUUAACUUCAGCACAUGGAUCGAAUUUAAAACAGGAGACUAUGAAAAUGCCAAAGGAAUCAACGAGAGAGCGCUUGCUCUGUCGGAAAGGAAAAAUAUCACGUCGCUUGUAUGUCAUGCUUAUAUCUUGUGGCACGACGGUGAUGAAAGAGAAGCCGAAGAGUGUUUGAAAGAAGCGGAACAUUUGCGAAAUGGAAGUGAUGGGGAAAUAUUGAUGUCGAAAGUUGAAGCAGAGCUGGCUUAUUGCUUUAGUAGGUUGGGGGGUCCUGUCAAUUUAGCACGUGCCAUUGACUUGUACGGAAGGGUUAUAGAGAGGCAUCCAGAAGUGUAUUUGUGGAAGUUCGGUCUGGGCUUAACCCACAGACGAGCAACGCACGGAAAUUUACAUUUGGCCACGUCCCCCAGAAGAACAGUGGAAGAA